AUGUGUACGGCAAUCCAUACGACAGUACGGAAUGUAUCGCCAAUCAUCGCCGACGUGGCGAUCGGAAAGGUCGGGAUGGCGAGCGAAGCGUACCUCGUUGGCUUCAAUGUCUGGCUUUAUGACAACCCCAGCGUCGUCGCCAGCGAGAAACGCGCUGAGAGGUUGCGGCAAUUGAUCUCUUCCGCGUCUGGCUUCCUACCCGGCACCGCAAGCACUCAGCCGAGCCUCUACGACGCCAUCGGCUAUGUCAUUCCGGCCACUCGAGGAUCGUACUACGAUGCGGAGCGCCUUGCGUCGGAUAGAUUAAAGCUACGUGCGCUGUCGGACUUUGUGCGCAGCGGUAGUGCCUUGGUAUUACUGGAUGGCUUCAAAAGCGAUGCGGCGACUAACACCUUCCUGCCGCUGCUGUCGGCACUCCUGGGCCGCGACCCGCGGUGCAUGGCGACGAGUGUUGGGAAGAGCAUGCAUCUGCGUAAGCGCACAGCCGCCCAGGCCUUCGCCAACUUGAGUGACACUGCUGAGCCAAUGUGGCACAUAUACCCAAAACCUAAUGUCCCCAAUACACUGGCGUUGCUUAAUCAGGUCAAGCCCAUGCAAGGCUUCUCCUUUCUGUCUUGCCAGACCGGCCAGGCGAUUUACUCAACCUACGUAAACCAGGAAGAGUUCGCGGCCUCCAUGAUGUGGAAGCUGGGCAGCGGCGUUAUCUACUGGAUAGGCUCGUCAUUCUUCAGACCAUUCACACCGGGCGUUAACAGCGUGGCUUGCGUUGUCUGGUCUGGGUGGGAGUCUUGGCUGCCCUGA